AUGUGUUUAAUUAAGAACUGUGACAUUAAUAAAUUGAAAGUAUGUGUGUCAAACGAUUGUUUCCGAAAAACUUCUUUAAGGCAAGGAACAACCCAACAUAAACUUUUUGAGUGCAUGUUAGAUGUUUAUCACGAAGAAGUUAGAAAAGAAAUAGAAAAUUCUCCUUUUGUUGCAGUGAUUGCCGAUGAAACGACAGACGUUGCUUGUGAAUUUCCAUUGGUUAUAGUUUUCAGAUAUUUGUGUAAAGGACGACCAGUUGAGAGAUUUUGGAGGUUUUACAUGCUCGAUGGACACGACGCCAAAUCAAUCGCUGAAUGCAUUUUAAACGUUUUACAUACAUUAUUAAAACACAGUCCAAAUAAAUUAAUUGCUCAAAGCUAUGACGGCGCGUCUAGCGCUGUUUUUCAAUCCCUUAACGGAUUAAAACAUUCCUCAGAAAUACAACAAAGGAAGAAAGACAGUGCUUUAGGUAUGUUGUCCGCAGAAAAACAUUUUGUAAAUGGUAUUGAAAAUUUUAAUAAUAAAGUAAUUGAAAACUUUGCAACCAAAAAAGAAAGAAGAAUGGACUUAAUUUAUCGGAAACUUUAA